AUGGUAUCAGGACAUCUAGGAAACGUCACCAAAGCGCCCGAGUUCGAGACCCUCGCUCUUCAUGGCGCCCAAGAACCCGAUCCCAUCAACGGAUCCCGUGCUGUCCCUCUCUACCAGACAUGCGCCUACAACUUCGAAGACGCCGCUGACGGCGCUUCCAAGUUUGCGUGGUCCAAGGAAGGCUUCGUCUACACCCGCAUGGGCAAUCCCACUAACUCCGUCUUCGAGCAGCGCAUGGCCAUGCUCGAAGGCGGCGUCGGCGCGGUCGCAGCAGCUUCAGGCCACGCAGCACAGUUCAUGGCGAUUACGUCCAUUUGCGAGCCUGGACACAACUUUGUCUCGACGAUGAAUCUCUACGGCGGCACGUUCAACCAGUUCCGCGUGUAUUUCAAGAAGUUCAACAUUCAGUGCAAGUUUGUCGAGGGGCAUGAUGCGCAGGAGAUCAAGAAGGCGAUCGAUGAGAACACGAGAGCGGUGUACAUCGAGACGAUUGGCAAUCCACAGUUUAACGUGCCGAAUAUCGCGGCGAUUGCGGAUGUAUGCCAUGAAGCUGGCGUGCCACUGAUCGUCGAUAAUACGUUCGGUAUGGGUGGGUAUCUGUGCCAGCCCAUCAAGCUAGGCGCAGACAUCGUGACACACUCCUGCACCAAAUGGAUUGGUGGCCACGGUACAUCUAUGGGCGGCAUAGUCAUCGACGGCGGACACUUCGACUGGUCAGCUAGCGGGAAGUUUCCUUGCAUGACCGAACCAGCAGAUGGCUACCACGGCAUGCGUUUCUGGGAAACAUACGGCCUCAAAUCGCUCUCCGCAAAAGUCCGCAUGGACGCCAUGCGCGACCUCGGCCCCUGCAUGGCCCCCUUCAACGCCUGGCUCUUCAUCCAAGGUCUAGAGACCCUCGCACUGCGCGCAGACCGACACGUGUCCAACACGCUUGCCCUCGCCCACUGGCUGCAGAAAUCGCCGUAUGUCAGCUGGGUCAACUAUCCCGGUCUCGAAUCUCACACCGACUACGCCCUCGCGCAAAAGGUCCUGCCGAGAGGCCAAGGAGGCGUACUCACCUUCGGGGUCGCAGGCAACAUCGCCGAAGUCGCCGCCGUCGUUGACAACCUCAAGCUCUGCUCCCAUCUCGCGAAUGUCGGAGAUGCGAAGACACUGAUCAUUCACCCGUGGCGCACGACGCACCAGCAGAUUCCCGACGAGGAGAAGAUCAAGGGUGGUGUGACGCCGGAUCUGAUUCGUGUUAGUUUGGGCUUGGAGCAUAUCUCGGACAUCAUACAUGAUUUCGAACAGGCGUUUGAUGGUGCGGGCUUGAAGCCUGCGGAGGGGUGGACGCCGACGUGGAGGCAGGGGUUGAGCAAGGAUGCGAGUGAUGGGACGUUGUAUGCGCCGAAGCCGGGCAGGUGA